UAGCUUGGACGACUUGACCUACAUUGCGCGCUCUCGAAUGGAAACAUCAACACGAAGGAGUUCGUGUAAGAAGUGAACUUAAAGUUGGUUCGGCGGUAUUAAAAUGGUUGGGAAGAUAAAAUAUGUUCGGCAGAAGCUUCACCACGAGGCCGUAAAGGUCGAUGGGCCGAUCGGCUUCGCGCAGCACGGCUCACUGGUGUCUUCUACCGUACAGAAGGAUCCUGGUGAACUACUCACAGCAAAUCUAAGACUGGGGAGCAAGCCUCACAGACAGGCCCCUGCAUUGGCAUCCUUCCCCUCCAGUGUUUUUGCUGGCACUAAGAUCUCUCCUGAAGCUCUGGUACAGACACUCAAGUUUGAUGAAGCUCCAGAUGUGCCCACACCUGUCACGAAAGCAUUUGAGAACAACAGAGAAAAAACAACAACAGCUACAGGGACAGGACUGCUCAGAGCCUCUACAGCCUUUUGUCUUCACUCUUUCAUUUCCAAAAGGAAAGAACUGUUUCUACGUUGGGUUAACCCUGCAUGGGUUUUGGUCCUGAUACAUGCACGGAGUGUCAGCGCUGGUUUAUGCCGCACGAAGCUUUGUUUUCUGUUCAAGAAGGAAGGCACGGAAAUCAAGAAAAUGCAGUCAAAGAAAGAAAAGAUGAAGGAGAGGAGGGAGCGGUGGCUCAGCAAGAUCAGCUCCAUUAAGCAGGCGAAAGAGCUCCAAGCAGCCGAGGUCCGGAGACAGGCCACUCCUGUAGUGGGAGACAUGAGGCCGCUGGCUGACGCCUUACCGGAGCUCUCUCAGCUCAUCUCCCCAGCUUCCACAGCCCCCGUCGCUUGCCGCAAAAGCAGGAAAAUCAAAGUCCCGGUGAAGAGACCAGAGCCCACAGAUUUCAGUCAGAUGAAACGCUCACAGAAACGCAAACUGCUGGAAACUGAGACCAGCAGGUUCAGCAAAGCAGUGAGGACACUCUCAGGUAAAACCAACCCUCUGGCUGAUAUCGGUGAGCUGCUAAGGAAGAAGAUGAGACAGGAGGAAGAGCAAAGCUGCGUUUAGCAAGAUCCCAAAGCUGGACUGUGGGAGGCUGAAGAGUAUCCACACACAAACAUUUAUAACUGUCAGCGAACAGCAACAACCCUGAUACCUGUGAGUGACACAGCAGGGUUUCUCUGAAAUAAUAAAUCACAACGUUCAGACCCGACAUGUUCUGUUUCAUUUCUGUUACAAGGUCACAAACUUUAAUCACUCUGUGUUCAUUAAAAAUAAUAAUAACGUAACAUCCCAGGAUGUGUACUUUCAGCUGCUCACCUGUGAAUAAGGCCGUGACCUGACAGUAGUGUUCGAACUGUCACCACAUUCACAUACCUCUAACAGACAGAAAUGUGGAUGCUUCUGAUAAUUCCCCUUUAUUUCAGCCUGGUGUGUUCCCAGUAACGUGGCACAUGUCUCCGUGCUGACUCUCCACUUCAGCUGUAGAUGCAAAUGAAAUGAGGAGUCUCACAAAAACAAUGUGAAACCCAAGUCUGACUUACAGGAAAUGCAGAAAUUAGAAGAGAUAAGACAUAAGUAAUGUC